GGAUGACUGAAAAGCCGUUGGAAAUUGAAUCGUUUCGACCAACGGAUUUUCUUUCUCUUUGAAUGAAUAGUUUAUAGAAACUUUAGUGUUUUCCUUUAAGUUACAACAAAUUAAUAGUUAUUAAACACGCUCUUUGCCAAACCAUGAGCGAUUCACAGUUUAAAACACCAUUGUCCCAUCAUACGAAACAAUCCAAUGAUGCUGGAUACACACCAAGGCCAAUGAUUGAGAAAUCAGACAGCGAAGAAAGUACAAAUUCAGAAGGUUCUUAUGGUUCUACCAAUGAUUUGACUGUAAUUGCCCUGUUCGAUGACCUUAUCCGCCUGUUUCGUUACAAACGUGACAAAAAAACUGAGGAAUCAUUCUUAAAUUUUGCUGAAGAAUCCAAACUAAUGUUUGAUAAAUAUUUGGAAGCAGUGCAAGAAUGUCAGAGAUUGCGCCUUAUGUUAGAUAUAAAAGUGCAAGAUGGCAUUGAAACUGAACGCAGAGUGAACACUGCUAGGCAUUUUUUGGACGAGGAAAAGAAGAAAACUCAGAGAGUGCUCAGAGAAAAGGAGGAAUUGGAAGAACAAUUGGAUCAAGUUAGGGAGCUUCUUUUUAAAGAUAACAGAGUAAAAAUUGGCGAUGAUGCUAAGGCAAAACUAUCUUUUCUUAAUAAUAAAGCUGAUAAUAAGCAUGGCUAUAAUAACAACAAUUUAAGUUGUAUUCAGGAAAUAAAUUCAACAGGUUCAAUGUUGUCAGACUAUAGUGUAUCCCGCUCUGAAGAUGAUUUGGAUUUAUCUCGACAUGGCAAUCCAAAAUGGAAAAAACAUAGGGCUAGUACUGGAGGGGAUCCACCUCCAAAAAAACGCAGAUCAUCCACCAAUAAAGUUAUCGAGAUUGGUUUGACCGAUACAGUAAGAGCAACCACUACAGUUACAGUAAAUAAAAAAGGCCCCAUCACAGCCACCUCUAUAAUCGAAUCUAUACCAAAAUCUGAUAAUGGUUUCGUAUCAGAUGAGGCAAGACCAUCAACUGAUGAUGGUAUUGGAUCUACAGCUCCAAGUGGCCCGCCACCCAAUUUAGUAUUCGAAUCAUGGGCCAAAAAUGGUACUCCAGGGAAAAAUAUGCGUAACAGUAACAAACCAGAAUACAGACAGCAUAAUUUCCAACCAAGAAACGUUGUUCUUCCUGAUUCAUGUGUGUGUUGCGAGAAAAGAAUCAGAUUUGGGAAGAGCUCGCUUAAAUGUAAAGAAUGCCGUUCAAUUUGUCAUUAUGAGUGUAAGGAUUUGUUGCCUCUGCCAUGUGUUCCAGUAGGCAAUACACCAAAUCAUAAAAAUAUAUUGGGUGUAAUUAGUGACUAUACCCCUACCAUUCCACCAAUGGUACCAGCCUUAAUCGUACACUGCACCAAUGAAAUUGAGCUUAGAGGUCUCAAUGAAUUAGGCCUGUAUAGAAUUUCUGCUUCAGAAAAAGAUGUAAAAAGUCUGAAGGAAAAGUUCCUGAAAGGUCGCGGUUCUCCAACCAUAUCUCAAAUUGACAUUCACGUUCUAUGCGGUUGCGUCAAAGACUUUUUGCGCAAUCUCACCGAACCGGUAGUGACCUAUGCAUUGUGGCACGAUUUCGCGCGAGCUGUGGACACCAGAGAUACUCAGGAUACUGUUCCAGCCCUGUAUCAUUGCAUUUCACAGCUAGCCCAACCUAAUAGGGAUACUUUGGCUUAUAUGAUAAUGCAUUUGCAAAAGAUUUCUGAGGCUCCAGAAUGUAAAAUGCCUAUUGAAAAUUUGGCUAAAGUUUUCGGACCUACUUUGGUAGGAUUUUCCUCAGAUAAUCCGAGUAGGGAUUGUUUGUUGACUGAAACCAGGCUACAAAUACAGAUAGUGGAUCAACUUAUAAGAUUACCAUCAGAUUAUUGGUCAACUUUCAUAAACAUGCCUCAGCAGCCUACUAUUGGCCGUUUGCAGCAAACUCCGAGUACUGAUUCGUUAUUGAGACCGACUGGACGAUUUUUUACUCCAAAAUCCAAGAAAAGGUUUGCCACUCCUCCAGCUUACAAAAACGCAUUUUAAGCCUGGCUUUCGAGGUUUUUUUAUAUAUAUUUUUAUGAUUUACCCCCUAGAAACGUAUUAUUUAGAGUAUUAUUAUUUUGCCAACGUUUUUGAAACGCUUUUAUGAUCCAAUAAUUAUAUGAUACACCUAUAUUAAAUGUAUUGUGAAUUAUUAGGGAAAAAUAAAGUUUUUAUAUUUUUAUAGUGCAGUUUUUGAAUUUUUAUUUCUGAUCGCAACAGUCAUUCAUGAAGUUGAAAAUUUAAUCAAGCAGUUACAAAUUAUACGCAUUGGAAUUUACAAUUUACUUCAUUUUACUGUAUUUAGAUACAGCUCCUUGAUAAAUCUCGCCCCUCUUUCAGCUACCAUGAUAAUAGAAGCUUGCGGGUUAGCUGACGGUAGAGUUGGAAAAACCGACGCAUCCAUUAUUCUGAUAUUUUCAAUACCAUGCAGUUGUAAUUUUUGAUUCACACACGCCUCUGGGUUAGUUGCGUUGCCCAUUUUACAAGAGCUGCCUUGAUGGUUUUCGUGACGGGUAUUAUAUUUUAUUGCGCAAGUCCAGUA